AUGGAUUCUACAAAAUUUGAAUCUGAAAUUAUAAAAAUUAAAUCAGAUAUAUUCCUCAAAGCUCGAGGUUCUGAAACAAAUUUUUGGAAUUUAUUGAGUGAAGAAAAAUAUCCGUGUUUGAGGAAUGUAGCUUUGCAGUUACAUAGUUAUUUUGGAUCUACAUAUUUGUGCGAAACAGCAUUUUCUCACAUGAAAAUGAUAAAAACAGAAUUUCGAUCUACGCUCUCUGAUGACCAUUUGGAGCAAUGUCUUCGAUUAGCAGUUAGCAACUAUUCGCCAGAUUACGACCUAUUGGUCAACGACAUGUAA